UUUCGCACAGGAGAGAUACAGGACUAUCGUGGAUCCUCUGGGGAGCCUCAACAACCUCAUGAUGCUGACGAGGCAGAGAAGAGUCUCUCCAGAUCAGAACGCCUCAAUAAACACCUGCAGAGAUCCACAGGGAAGAGAACUCACUGCUGCUCUGACUGUGGGAAGAGAUUCACUUCAUCAGGCAUUACAAUUCAUCAAAGGAUCCACACAGGAGAGAAAUCUAAUAGCUGUGAUCAAUGUGGGAAGAGUUUUGGUCGAUCUUGCAAUCUGACUCAACACCAGAGAAUGCACACAGGAGAGAAAUCUUAUAGCUGUGAUCAAUGUGGGAAAAGUUUUGGUCAAUCUUGCAAUCUGACUCGACACCAGAGAACACACACAGGAGAGAAAUCUUAUAGCUGUGAUCAAUGUGGGAAGAGUUUUACUACAUCUGGCUAUCUGACAGUGCACCAGAGAACACACACAGGAGAGAAAUCUUAUAGCUGUGAUCAAUGUGGGAAGAGUUUUACUACAUCUGGCUAUCUGACAGUGCACCUGAGAACACACACAGGAGAGAAACCUUUUAGCUGUGAUCAAUGUGGGAUGAGUUUUACUACAUCAAGCUCUCUGACUAUACACCAGAGAACACACACAGGAGAGAAAUCUUAUAGCUGUGGUCAAUGUGGGAAGAGUUUUGUUAGAUCUGACCAGCUCACAGUACACCAGAGAAUACACACAGGAGAUAAGCCUUAUAGUUGUAAUCAUUGUGGGAAGAGUUUUACUACAUCUGGCACUCUGACUGAACACCAGAGAACACACACAGGAGAGAAACCUUUUAGCUGUGAUCAAUGUGGGAUGAGUUUUGUCCAAUCUGGAGAUCUGACAGUGCACCGGAGAACACACACAGGAGAGAAACCUUAUAGCUGUAAUCAAUGUGGGAAGAGUUUUACUACAACUUGUUCUCUGACUGUACACCAGAGAACACACACAGGAGAGAAACCUUUUAGCUGUGAUCAAUGUGGGAGGAGUUUUACUACAUCAAGCUCUCUGACUAUACACCAGAGAACACACACAGGAGAGAAAUCUUAUAGUUGUAAUCAUUGUGAGAAGAGUUUUCCUACAUCUAGCCAGCUGACUGUACACCAGAGAACACACACAGGAGAGAAACCUUUUAGCUGUGAUCAAUGUGGGAUGAGUUUUACUACAUCAAGUCAUCUGAUUCGACACCAGAGAACACACACAGGAGAGAAACCUUAUAACUGUGGUCAAUGUGACAAGAGAUACUCUGAUAAAAGAUCUCUGAUCAAACAUCAGAAAAUACAUACAUGAAGAAGUUGUUUCAUGAUAUCCAUGAAAUGAUGUCACAAUGUAGAAUGUUUUAACUUUGUAGUGGGAGUAUUUUAAUGAUGUCACAAUGUAGAAUGUUUUAACAUUGUAGUAGGAGUAUU